CCACCGAAAAUUGCCACACGACUGGAGUGGAAAUGGAGGCUUACAGGAAUAACAGCAAUACCUUUUGUUCCUUUUUCGUGUUCUUCGGCCUCUUGGUUCUCUUUGUGAGCACAAUGCCAAUAACAGAUGCAAAAGUUCACUACCAUGAUUUUGUCGUGCAAGCGACGCCAGUGAAGAGGCUGUGCAGAACCCGCAGUACUAUUACAGUGAAUGGGAUGUAUCCAGGACCAACAUUGGAAGUGAACAAUGGAGACACUCUAGUGGUCAACGUUGUAAACAGAGCUCGUUAUAAUGUUACUAUUCACUGGCAUGGAGUUAGGCAGAUAAGAACUGGAUGGUCUGAUGGGCCAGAAUUUGUGACUCAAUGCCCCAUCAGACCAGGAGGGAGUUACACUUACCGGUUUACCAUCCAAGGACAAGAAGGUACACUUUGGUGGCAUGCUCACAGUUCAUGGCUCAGAGCCACUGUCUAUGGAGCUUUGAUCAUUCGCCCUAAAGAAGGAGAUUCAUAUCCCUUCCCAAAGCCAAAGCGUGAAACUGCCCUUCUUCUUGGUGAAUGGUGGAAUGCGGAUCCCAUUGAUGUUGUGAGACAAGCCACAAGAACAGGAGCGGCUCCUAAUGUUUCCGAUGCUUACACAAUCAAUGGUCAACCUGGUGAUCUUUACAAUUGCUCUAGCAGAGACACAAUAAUAGUUCCAGUGGACUCCGGAGAGACAAAUCUUCUCAGGGUUGUCAAUUCUGCACUCAAUCAACAACUUUUCUUCAAGGUUGCUAAUCACAAGCUGACAGUGGUUGGAGCUGAUGCCUCUUAUGUUAAACCCUUCACCACCUCGGUGCUCAUGCUUGGACCAGGCCAGACCACUGAUAUCCUAAUCACAGCCGACCAACCACCAGCCAGAUACUACAUCGCAGCACGUGCCUAUGCUAGCGCUCAAGGUGCACCAUUUGAUAAUACCACAACCACAGCGAUUCUUGAAUAUAAAUCUGCCCCCUGCCCCGCCAAAGGUGCUACUAUCAAGCCAGUUAUGCCAACUAUGCCGGCAUUUAAUGACACAGCCACUGCCACCUCCUUCACAACCAGCUUCAGAAGUCCAAGACAAGUGCCUGUGCCGACUAACAUCGAUCAUAAUCUGUUCUUCACAGUUGGACUAGGACUCAACAACUGUCCCCCUGGUGCCAGUCGUAGUAGCUGUCAGGGUCCAAAUGGGACUCGAUUUACUGCCAGCAUGAACAAUGUAUCGUUUGUGCUUCCGUCCAAUUUUUCCUUACUUCAAGCACAUCAACAAGGUAUACCUGGAGUCUUCACGAGGGAUUUUCCAGCAAAUCCCCCAGUAAAAUUUGAUUAUACUGGAAACGUGAGCCGCACACUAUGGCAACCUGUUCCAGGGACUAAGUUGUACCCAUUAAAAUAUGGGGAAACAGUUCAGGUGGUGUUGCAGGGAACAAGUAUCUUCACGGCUGAGAACCACCCAAUUCAUCUUCAUGGUUACGACUUCUAUAUAAUUGCUGAAGGCUUUGGAAAUUUCAACCCAAGUACAGAUACAGCCAAAUUUAAUCUCGUAGAUCCUCCUCUACGAAAUACAGCAAGUGUUCCUGUUGGUGGAUGGACGGUGAUCAGAUUUGUUGCUGAUAACCCAGGGGUCUGGCUGAUGCACUGUCACUUGGAUGUCCACAUCGGCUGGGGCUUGGCAACUGCUUUCCUGGUAGAAAAUGGUGUUGGUGAGCUACAAACAUUAGAGGCUCCUCCUGCAGACCUUCCCCUUUGCUAGUUGAAGCAACAGAAGAUUUUACAGCAAAUUCUGGU